UCGCUGCGGUCCUCGAAUGCACCGCGCGUCAGGCAAUAUGGCGGCCGGUGUAAACAGAGGUGCACUUUCGACGAGGCGGCCCGUCUCCCAACGUCCCCUCGAACAAUGACUAACCUGGAGUGCGAGCGCCCAGACAGCCUGGAAGGCUGGGUCGCGGUCAAAAGCAACAUAUUCGAAGAAGCCGAGGUGUUCAAGCUGGGUUUUAUCGUCGAGUGGAACGUUAUCGAGUGCAAGUUCGCCGUCACCUGCCACGACAGGACGCUCCAGCGGCGGCGGCGGCGAGACGAGGCGAGCGUCGCCGGGGGCCAUCAAAGCAGCUGGGCCGGCCUCUUCUCGCCCGGCGACUUGAAGCGCGUCCACCGGCAGCUAACGUGCGUCGGCGAGCAGCUGGCGGCCUGCUUCCCCGACUUGUCCGAGUUCGAAGACGGCAACAUUUGGGAUUUGCUCCUCCCGAGUCGGAAGUGCGCUUCCGCCGAGGAGCAGAGGGACUCGUCGGACUCCUCGGACGCGUCGUGUCGCAAGCUGGAAAAGUACUUCAGCACCGCCAUCGACGUUUGCGGGAGGACGAUCGUGCUCGACACGCUCUUCGCCCAGGAUGAGCGCGACGUGGACGACUACUUCGAGAACCUCCAGGAGUUCAAGAGGGCGAGCAUGCGCGAGCAGAUGUCGCGGGCGAAGGCUCACCUGCGGCAGCUGCUGAAGAGCCACGACGGCGCCGACCGGUUGGUUGCGCUGCUGGCCGUCUACGCGGAAGAGGACGAGGCCUACCAGGAGCUGGUCGCCGAGGCCACCGCCUUCUUCCAGUACCUGCUGCAGCCUUUUCGAGACGUGCGAGAGCUGGCCUGCCUCUACAAAAUGGAGAUCCUGAAGUCCCUGGAGUUUGACGACUUGGGUCCUAAGCGGAUUGAAGCUCUGGAGAGGGAAGCGGAGGAGUGGCGGGCCAAAGCGGAAGAUGCUGUCGCUUCUAUUCAGGACAUCACCGUCACCUACUUUGCGCACACUUCCGAGGCCCUGGCUGGUAUGGCGAAGCAAAUGGAGGAGGACAAGCGUCGCUUCGGAGCCGCCGCCUGGGCUUCUGCGGCUCCCCGGCUGGAGAAACUCUGCUUCCUGCUGGCCAAAGAAGCCCUGCAGCACAUGAGGUCAACUGAGAUGUGUCUGAACAGCAAGAAAGCGAGCAUCAAAAAAGAGUUUGUCAGCUUGUACAGCAGAAACCAGAGUCAGAAAGCUGAUUCUGAUCCCGAUUCGGAUUCUGCGUCUGCGCAAGACCGACAGCAGGACUCUGUAGACCGAUUGGAGUUGCAGUUCUACGAAACCCAACUGGAACUGUACAACACCAAGUUUGAGAUCCUGAAAAACGAGGAGCAGCUUCUGGUGACUCAGACAGACGCCCUGCGACGUCAGAUCAGAGAACUGAAGGAGGAGGUGGUGUAUUAUGAUGUGUGUGAAGAUCCAGAAGAGCUUCACAGCAUGGUCCACACAGGACCUCAACACGCGGAGCCUCCGGCGAUCCGCCAGCUCAAAAGACGUCUGCAGAACCUGGAGACCAAGAGAGGCGACAUUUGUGCUCGGCGAGCAUACCUGCGCAACAAAAAGGACCAGUGUGUGGAGGCCCACGAGCAGAAGCAGCUCGCGGCCGAGCGCAGCUCCGUCGUCUUCGGCCGGCAUCAUCAGGUCCACUUGAAACGAGAGAAGAGGAAGGAGGAGGAGCAGAGGAGGAAGCAGUGGGUGGACCAGGAGCGAGAGAAGACUCUGAACAGAUUAAGAUCCUUCAGAGAGAAAUGUCACGGGCAGUAUGUCCUGAAGACCCCUCAGUCCCGGAGGUCUCCCGCAAAGUCGUCCCGUUUCUCCCAGCCGAAUUCCAUCAUCAGCCUUGGCCCGCCUCCCUCUUCGGAUGGGCUUGCACCGAGACGCAAAAAAAGUCCGGUGACGCCGCAACCUCAAGACCCGCCGGUCCAAAUCUACUCUUCACCGUGGCCUCCAUCUGGAAUCCCCUCUUCUGUAGCCCCUACACGACCUCCUCCUCCGCCGCCGCCGCCGCCGCCGCCGCCUCCGGUCAGUACUUCCUGUGAGGACAAACCAAUGCCGCUCAGUGACCGAGAAGAAGCACCUUUUCCAGCAAAGAGCACACUCACGCAACACAUAGGAACCAUGGACGAAGUGUUGGCCUCGCUGCAGCGCGGACAGAUCCGCCUCCGAAAGGCCCCCGGACCCGAAGGGCCGCCUCCCUCCGCCGGGGACCCGAGAAGCAGUCUGAUGUCGGCCAUCCGACAAGGAGUCACCUUGAAGAAGGUGCUUCCGUCUCGCGCCGAAGUCCACGGCGGCAGCCGAGACAGCGACCUGGAGCGCAGCAUCAAAGCCGCCAUGAUGAGGAUGAAGAAGGUGUCGGCCGACUCCGACGACGACGACGAGGAGGACGGAGGAGACGAGGACGCGCGCAGUGGAGACUGGGACAGUUGAGGACUGAGAUCGAGUCGUCUGCUCUUCCGACACCUUGACUGCUUUAUCGGCUUAAGUUACGGCCAAAUUUGGGUGCGGAAGCUCGCUCGGGUUUUUUUCAGUCGCCGUCUACUGUUACUCAACUUGAAACGCUGCGGAAAAUGCAUGGCCGGAUGGACGUCGCCAUCGGGACUUGCGUCUUCCCGUUGAUGUUUGCAGAAUUCACGUUUAGUAGGGAUGUUCGGAAAGCUGUUCGAGCCUUUAUUCCGUAAACCUGACGUCCAUCUUAAAGUCCAUGUAUUAGUGCGCUCGCGACUUAGACAAUCCACUAGUUGAGUAGAGCGACUCUCCAACGAGUCAAGGUUAUUCCCUACUGCGGGGGUGUCAAACGAAUUUUUGUGGUCAGCCGUGUUGUUGGUAUGGUUUCCCGUAUUCAUCUUUCGUCGCCUCGUCAUAGACUAAACAUGUCAAACAUCAUAAUACACAUAAAAUGAUGUGAUGGGGUCAGCUUUGGCCCCCCCCCCCGUGUGCCCGCCUAUGUGACGUUUCUGCACAAUACAAGGGACAACUUCGGCAUACUCGUCGGACGACUACUUGUUGCUAGUGAGGCAAAACUGUACACUAGUUGACGUGUGUGUGCUAGUAGUGCGACUUGUGAACUGCUCCUGUAGAUGUGAACAAGUCGAGUUUGAUGUCACCGGUACUAGUAGCACAAAAGUAUGCGUUCAUCCCACGUGUGUUUAUCGGCGCCGAGCCAACUUGUCUCAUCUGCAACUGCGACGCGGCUUGGGCGCUUCAAUACUGGAACAAGGAAGUGACGUGAGCGCUGUAGCGGCCCAGCUCAUUCUGUCAAACGUCAGCUGGCGGGCCAGGUACAAUUGGCGGCGGGACGCUAUUUGCCAACCGCUGCACUAGUAGUUUCCUGGACCCUACUCUUAGCGCCAAAAGGCCAACGAGUAUUUUUGCCUCACUAGUAACAUGUUGUCUUACUACUAUGCCAAAGUUGCCCUACUAGUGUGCAGAAAUGUCAUACGCUAGUGGAAGAAAUGUUACUAGUAAGGCACAGUCGUUCUACUAGUGCACCCCAAUUGUUCUACUCGCAUGGUAAAUUAUUUUACUAGUGAGGACAGAGAGCGUGUGCUCAGUCCAUGGACCUUCAGCUGGACAUUGACUAAAUAAAUGCUGAAACGGCUUUCAGUGUGGUUAGCGCUCCCGCACCAACGGCUGAGGUUCAGGGUUCGAAAACGUGCGCGUUAGCUUCAAUGAAGACUCGAGAUGUGAAUGUGAAUGUGAGUGGGACUGCAACUCAGGGUUAUUUUAGCAAUCCAUUCGGCUUUCAGAUUAAUCGACGAAUCGGAUUUAAUAAAAUAAAUAAAUAAAUAUAUUUAAAUUUUCCAUUCUCUUAUUCAAAACCAGGAAAUAGUUUUGAAAAAUUAUUAGGAUUCAGCUACUGGUUUGGUCUAUAACGUCAAAAAAAUGUGCAAAAAUGUUGAUAAUAGUGUCCAUCGUAAAAGAUGUUUGCAAAUGUCACAAAAGAUGAUCAGUCUGCGUUGUUAAUACAGUAGGAUAUAAUAAAUAUCAUUAUGAUUUACUGUUGAGAGGCUGACAUUCCGAGGAUUUGGGCAAUUUCAGGUGAAACGAGGUCUCCAAACGGUUCAUCGAUGAUCAAAAAAUGAUCGAUUCAUUUGAUAAUCUAUUAGUUGUCGCUUACCGGUUGCACUCUCGAAUGAUUAUCUGCGUGGAAGACGGUUGGCUGGAUUUGGGCGGUUUCUCGUGAUAUUUCUUUUCAGUGCGGCCUCAACGCUUCACUCUGAGUGACUCGACUAUUUUUCUUGCGGUUUUUUUUUUUUUUUUUUUGCUUAUCCAGUAUUAUGAAUGUAUUUAAACCCCAUCAAUCGAGAUCUGGAUGGGCCUAAUUGUUUGUUAUCCUUAAUGUGUCAAAACUUUGUCUUGGACCCGCUGGCACUGACAUUUCGUAUCCGUAACGCCCGAUUUCAUUGCAUCUGCGCCGUACAAUGACAAUAGCGGCUUGCUAUUCUAUUUGCGUUCGGUCAUUGGGUUGAAAUGUUUAUAUGCGCUCCAGCCAAAAAAAAAAAUUGUAAAAUGAUGACAUAUUAAUAUUAUUAUUAUUAUUAUUUUGCAGAAUGUUUCUGUUGCUGCAAAGGUUGUAUGACAAGUGUGUGAGAAUGUUUGUUUGAAUAAUAAACGAGUUACGAUUGAACACUUGA